AAUCCCAUUUCUUCGGCGAUCUAGGGUUUUAGUUGACGCACGAGGAGGAAAAAUGCCGGCAGGACAUGGAGUUCGGGCGAGAACGAGGGAUCUGUUCGCGAGGCCGUUCAGGAAGAAGGGUUACAUUCCACUCUCGACUUACCUAAGGACCUUCAAGGUAGGCGAUUACGUCGAUGUUAAGGUGAAUGGUGCGAUUCACAAGGGUAUGCCUCACAAGUUCUACCAUGGUCGUACUGGUCGCAUCUGGAACGUCACCAAGCGCGCCGUCGGUGUUGAAGUGAACAAACAGAUUGGCAACAGGAUCAUAAGGAAGAGGAUUCAUGUGCGUGUGGAGCAUGUGCAGCAAUCAAGGUGUGCUGAGGAGUUCAAGCUGAGGAAGAAGAAGAACGAUGAGCUCAAAGCUGCAGCCAAAGCCAAUGGUGAGACAAUAAGCACCAAGAGACAGCCUAAAGGACCCAAACCAGGAUUCAUGGUCGAAGGAAUGACCUUGGAGACUGUCACUCCCAUCCCUUACGAUGUUGUCAACGAUCUCAAGGGAGGCUAUUAGUUCUAUCUUCCCAGUGUUUUGCAGUUUCUUCUUGCGUAUUUUGAGUUUCGUCUUAGCUACAAUUUCUGUAGACUGCCCAGAUAUUUUACGAAGCUUAACUUUCGUCUCGUUUAUAACUUUCAUUUUUCCUUAUCUCGUUCUUUUUCUAGUGUUAUAUCAUUGAUUCACCAUCUUUAUU